GGAGCCGUUGGCGGCUGGCCGGGAGGGGGCGGCGCUGCGAUCCCUGGGGACUGCGGCGCGGCUCCGGUGCUGGGGCACCUUCCUCUGGUGCAGCCGGGCCUGCGCGGCGGCGAUGAGCUGGGCGCUGCUGCUGGCGCUGUGCGCGUUGCUCCUGCUCGCGGUGCAGCUGCUGCGCUUCCUGCGGGCAGACGGCGACCUGACGCUGCUGUGGGCCGAGUGGCAGGGGCGACGCCCAGAAUGGGAGCUGACUGAUAUGGUGGUGUGGGUGACUGGAGCCUCAAGUGGAAUUGGUGAAGAACUGGCUUACCAGUUGUCUAAACUAGGAGUUUCUCUUGUGCUGUCAGCCAGAAGAGAGAAUGAGCUGGAAAGGGUGAAAAGAAGAUGCCUAGAGAACAGCAAUUUAAAAGGAAAAGAUAUACUUGUUUUGCCUCUUGACCUGACUGACACAAGCUCCCAUGAAGUGGCUACCAAAGCUGUUCUCCAGGAGUUUGGUAGAAUUGAUGUUCUGGUCAACAAUGGCGGAAGAUCCCAGCGUUCUUUGUGUCUGGAUACCAGCCUGGAUGUCUACAAGGAGCUAAUAGAUCUGAACUACUUAGGGACAGUGUCCUUGACAAAGUGUGUUCUGCCUCACAUGAUCGAGAGGAAGCAAGGAAAGAUUGUUACUGUGAAUAGCCUCUUGGGUUUCAUGUCUGUACCUCUUUCCAGUGGAUAUUGUGCCAGCAAGCAUGCUCUUCGGGGUUUUUUUAAUGGUCUUCGAACUGAACUUGCCACCUACCCAGGUAUAACAGUUUCCAACAUUUGCCCAGGACCUGUGCAGUCAGAUAUUGUGAAGAAUGCCCUAACUGAAGAAGUCACAAAGAGUGUAGGCAAUGAUGGAGACCAGUCCUACAAGAUGGCAGCCAAUCGUUGUGUGCGGCUGAUGUUAAUCAGUAUGGCCAAUGAUUUGCAAGAAGUUUGGAUCUCAGAUCAGCCUUUUUUGUCAGUAGCAUAUUUGUGGCAAUACAUGCCAACCUGGGCCUUUUGGAUAACCAGCAAGAUGGGGAAGAAAAGGAUUGAGAACUUUAAGAGUGGUGUGGAUGCAGACUCCUCUUACUUUAAAUUCUUCAAGAAAAAAAAUAGCUGAAAGGAGCACUUGCACUUUUCAAGUCAUGGAGUGAGAAAUGGAAAACGUGAAAGCAGCAAUCUUCUUAUGCACCGAAGACUAACUGAAGACUAAAUUUUGGUUUUACUUUGUGGUAGUCAGAGUCUCUGUUGCCCAGGCUGGAGUGCAGUGGCAUGAUCA